AUGGUUUCGACAGUAACAACCGCAUCAAACAACCCAUCCUCGACCAAUUUACAAGCUCCAAUUUUCGUCGACAAACCAGGACGUCAGUCACCUCGUCCUAGUUUCACUUACAACAGACCUUCUUGGAUCGGAGCACAGCAGGCAGCACGUUCCAUCACACCCGGUUCCUCCACCAUGGCACAGAAAGAAGAGAUUCACUAUAGUCACCCUGGCCUUCAGCCCCCUGUCUUCAUCGCUGGUUCUAUGUGCGAGCCACAAUGGGAGCCAAUAGAGAUGAAGUACAAAGACAAGGAGGAUGGAGAACUCGAGUUCAAGCAUGAAUUCGAAGCGCAACCAGGAGAGUACCAGUACAAGUUUCGCCUUGGUCCUGGUGACUGGUGGGUGCUCGACGAGACUAAGCCGACUGUCGAUGACGGAACAGGUAUCCGCAAUAACUUGCUCAUCGUGGAAUCCAAGCCUCAACAACCACAACUCACCAAGCCCCACGAAGCUGAAGUUGAACAAAGAAGUCAAGAGAAGGAUAUACCAGCGUCGAUACAAGUUGCAGGCACUCAGGAAAAGCACGUCGAGCCAGUGGAUGAUGUGAACGAUGACGAUGGUAUCCCCGAGAGCGAGAAGAACCUGUUCAGACAUGAGACUGUUCAGGUGCCUGAGGGUACGGGCGAGAGCGACCGUGAGGAUGAGGACAUCGAGGGUGACGAGGAGGAAGCUGAAGAGCCACCGCUUUUCGAGCACGAAGCUGGUCCUCAGCGCGUCGACAGCCAGUUCGGUACACCAUCCAAGACCAACACUUUCGAGUUCGAUAAUGUCACCGAUUCACCAAUUGAGGUUGACGAUUUCGCCGUCGAGGAGAGCGAUGCUCCCUGCCCUCUCUUCAGACAUGAAACUGGUGCCGCGCACGACCUGGACCCUGACGAGGCUCCACUGUUUGCUCACGAGAGCAUGUCUCCGGUCAUGUCUGCAAGCACUUUCUCGCCUCCAUCCCGCAAGCAGCGCAAGCCCGAUCUUGAAGAUGUCAAUGAUCCCUCACUGGAGCCAUUCCCUGUCGACGAGGCUGGCAUCCAAGCUCGGCUUCAACGUGUUGCAACACGCCAUCAAGAUGAUGAAGUUGUGUUCGAGGGAACUCCUCCUUCGCCUUCCUUGGCUCAGACAAAGUCUUUCUCGCCCCAGGUCCGUCCAGAUUUGACGCACAUGGAGUCCAACGAUCUCAGUCAUCUUGACUCUAUCGACGAAACAGAAGAGACAGACGAGGAACCUGUUGAAGAGCCCGCCCAAAAGAAGGACUCAUUGAUACAGCCUGUCCCCAUUAACACCAAGGUUCAGGACGUCUCCGAGGUCGACAGCAACCCUGUAUUCACGGAUGUUCCAGAUGUUUCCAAUCGGGGACCCCCUACACCACCAAUGACUCCUACGGAACAUGUCAGAACCAAGGCCGCACCUCACGACGGAGCAGCCGACUCAAAGGAAAUGCCUGUUCCUGUUGCAAGCCCUCGCUCUCGUGAAGCCAACGCCACGGAUCACAUCUCCAACCGCCCCGCGCCAUCAGAGGCUUCAAAGGCCGUGAAGUCCCCGAAAUCGAACGAUUCAGAGCUCGGCCUUGCCUCGAAGGCGUGCAUUUGGUUCAUUGGUCUCUGUGGUGGUAAACUUCGUGCAGCUGGAGCAGCCAUCGCUAUGGGCGUCGCCGCAGUCGCAUUCGCCUUGAACACUCGUUCCACUUGA